CCUUGUCUCACUAUGGUGAGAUAUAACUUGAAAUAAAAGAUAUUUAUUUGAACAUUUUUUCUUAUGUUCAUCUUUCCUUUUUGCGGGGUUACAACAAUUGUCUGACUGUAUUAAGAGCCCUAUUAUAAGCGCUAUAAAUGUCACAAUGAGAAGAGGCCAUAUUUAUAGUGAUUGCUACAGAUGGCUCAAAUUAUCAUAAUUCAUUAAUUCUAGGAAUCAAUCAAUUUCAUUACCUUCCCAAAUUCACAAUAGAUCAUGCCAGGUAUAGAGUAGACUUUGCCCUGUGCUUGGGAUAAGCAUAAGAAAUAGUGGAGGAAGUGGUUGAAUAAACACAUGUAACGCAGAGGGAAAGGGUGGUAACAAUGGCUGAGCAGCAAAACCAUAUAUAGAAAAGUAGUGUGUUAGAAAGGAAAUGAGGGACCCUAUGUGGGUACAGUGGCUGCUUACAAGAUGCUGAAAUCGUUAUUAAGUGUGUUAUCAAUAAGCACUCUGGUCAAGAUUAGUGGGUCCUAUCUGCCCUCCUAGAUAGUGGGUGAUACAAACUACAGAAAUAUACCAUGACAAUGUUUAUUUAAGCCAAGAAACACAAAAGUAAUAUACUCAUAAAUCAGUUGAGCAGAAUCACAGAAAAAUCAUGAAUCCAAAAUAAAAAUAAUUCCUAGCAUAUUUCAUGAUUUCGCUAUUCUGGGGUGACACGGCUGGCACCAAAGCAUCCUGCAGAAUAUCAGAGGGAGUCAAAGCAUCAAAAUAAAGAAUUACUUCAGCGCACAGCCCAGUAUUAAAUGCAACGGUGCUUCUUUCCUCAAAGACUUUACCGCAAGUCUUUAACAUAUAUCAAAAGUAGAAGAGUGAGGAGAGCAAUCCAAGGCAGAAUAUCUGCAACAAUGUGAGUUAUUGGCAGCUACAAACACACAACAUGUUUCGGGCCUCAAACGCCCUUUAUCAAGUGUAACAAAAUGGAAACAAAGUGACCUUUUAAAACAUAUCCUGUUGAAAUCCCACCCCUUACUUGCAGGGUUAGAGUUCAUCCUCUCCAUAUUUCGUGAUCUAGUGCCAAUUAACAGUGUUAAUAAUAUAAAUACUAUAAUAUUAGGAGUCAAAGCAUCUUGGCACCAAACAUGAUGCUAUAUCAACCAAUGACAUUAUGAAACAAUGUAAGCACGUACAUAAAAAUGCAAGAAAAUGAAUAAAUAACAAAAAACCCAAACCCAGAUCAAAAAAGUAUUCCAUAAUAAGCAAAUAUCAUUAAACAUGACUAUGGGGACUAUGCACAUACAUCUUAUAAAGAUAUCAAUAUUAGAAAAAGUCGUGGGGAAAAAAGUGCAACCUUUCUGGGAUUAAUUAUGCAACAAAACUGUGACAAUUCUGAAUACAAAAAUACUCCAGCUAAAAUUUGUCGAAAACAUGUAGAAGUCAAUGGCAGAUAUCCCUUUUACUACUGGAAAAUCUUUCUUAGAUUCGUGGUUUUAGUGGUUUUUGGAUAUCUAUUGACGCUGUUUGUGUGACAAUACGAAAACAUUGUAGUUCUCGUUCUUACUAUUUUAAUUCAGAUUUUUAAAUACAUUUUGUUACAUUCGAAGAUGAGUUUAGUCGUGGUUUCAAAAAUCUUCUAAAAUCCAACCAUUGAUAAAUCAGCCACCACCUAAUGAAAUCACUAAUAGAGCAAUAAAAUCUAGAGGAAAAGCUUAAAUGCAAGUGGCAAUUCUGUGCCCAUUAAUGCAGCAUUGAAUCAGGGUUGGCCCAGACCUGCUUCCCUGGCUGCCUCAUAAGACACGCAUGCAUGCGCAUGCUGCAUUUGCCAGGAGGCAAACUGCCAGGAGGGCCCUUGCUUUGCAGCCCCAGUGGGCCCCCAAAGCCUCCAGUCUGACCCUGCAUCGAAUCAUAAAUGAUAAUUGGUCCUACGCUGUCAUUUAGCUGGAGUACCCUUUGUCUUUCAUAAACAUCCCAGUUUGUUACUUUCCAUAAAUAAUAAUAACUGUAAGCCACCCACAUAUGUUAUUCUAUAGGAACAAAUGCAGCCGGUACUUCCUGUCCUGCACUGACCACACGAGUGUUUCCUGUCAGAUUAUUUAGUCUCACUUGAAGAUGGCAAAGAAAGAAUGCACCUACAUCUUACACACCGCUUAUUUAAUUGUGAUUUUAGGGGGCACAGCAGGACAUGAACUGAUCACUCACAAGAAUUGUACAACGGGCACCAUAGGCAAGUCUGUGCUCCUGCCCAUCUCCUACAGGCUGAACCAGCAGUUUGCCAGUUAUACUAUCCAAUGGGAAACAAGCGACUGGACCAUUCUGUAUUAUAGAGUAACAAACAGCACCACUGAUCCACAAGGAAGUCCUACAUGGGAAAAUGGAGAGGUGACAGUAUUUCCCAAGUACAAAGACCGAGUUCAGUUCUUCAGGCUCAACGGUUCCCUCGUUCUCUGGGAUCUGCAGCUGAAUGAUACUGCCAGUUAUCAAGUUAUACUCACGACUGCUGAAAACAUUACUGAAAAGCAAAUUAGUGUGACAAUAACUGAGACUACUAUAUCUUCAGAUGGACACAACAUGCACAGUUGGGAAACCCUCUUUAUUUUCCGCACAGUUCUCUGCUUCUUCAUUGCAUUUGCACUCGUUUUGCUCAUUGUACAAUGUGAACGUCACUCUGCAAGACAAGCGGACAGAUGCUGCACAACUAGCCAUACACAGGGAUGAACAAAUGCUAUUGUUCCAUGGUUUGGGGCCAACAGGGCACUGGAAGAGAUCUGACAGAAAGUGAAGGGAAGCUACAAUUCCUCUGACCAGGAAUCUGCUGACAAGGUUCAUCAGGAAAUAAUGUUUGGACAGGACAAGUGUAAAUCAGCAGGAAUGCCAAGCUAACAUGCAAGGCUAUACUGUCGACUAUUAUGGCUGAAAUCAGGCAAAUUGACAAAUCAAAUCUUGGCAUGUAUGGCAAGCUGUACCGAAGCCUUGUAUUGUGUACUGAAGCUAGAAAUCAAGCUGAGAUGCAGGCCCAGAUUUGUGGAGAGGCGACAAAGGCCCAAGGCAUAAGAGCAUCCAAGCCCAAAUGCUGAGAUGACUGUAAAUGUCUAAGGAAAAUAAGAAUUCCUAUUUGAAUAAAUGAAGUGGCUUUCCUGAA